AUGGAUUUGGAUGAUUUCAGAUCAAUUCUUGAAACAGCUAGUGUUGAUGUGUGGACAUUUAUUGAUACAACAAUCCUUACAGCUUGUUUAGAUUAUGGCCCAGAGUUGAAGCAGAGGAGGGAUGGGAUUGUGGGGAGGCUUUAUGCUACUUCCAUAGUUAAUGGAUGUAAAACCUGUGAUUUUGGGGAGAGAUCAAAUGGAUUUCCAGUUAAUAAAGAAGGAAACCUUCAUGGAAGUAAAGGCGGAGAAGGACGAAACGAGUUACCUUUAAAACCUCAAUCGGAUAAUGACGAUGAUGAUGAUUUGGACCCUUGUGGAGGCUUGUUUGAUGACGAACAAAAAAGGGUUCUUGAAAUUAAAGACCUCCUUGAAGAAACUGAUCAGUCUGAAGAUUCUUUGGUUGAUCUGCUUCAAAGCUUGGCAGACAUGGAUAUAACAUUUCAAGUUCUCAAGGAAACUGAUAUUGGGAGACAUGUGAACAAAUUUAGGAAGCAUUCAUCAAAUGAUGUUAGGAAAUUAGUGAAGCUACUUGUCAGGAAAUGGAAAGAGACUGUAGAUAAAUGGGUAAUGGUUAAUCAACCUGGAGAACUUGAAUCUGCUGCACUUAUGGAUGGAGAUUCACCACAGGAAAAGCUUCCUCGGAAUGGUGGUCAACAGGUUCCUGAUCUCGUGUGCUCUCCAAAUCCAAACAAUGAGAGUUCUGCUUCAGACAAAAAUAAUUCAGAACCGGAAAAGAAGUUAAAGCCAGUCUCACAUCGUAAAGAUCCUCCACUUCGACAUAUUCACUCAACUCCUCUACAAAAUGUACAGGUAUUAUUAGAACUGCCAACUUAAACCCUGUAAAUUAGGAUAUUAAUUCU